AUGUCCAGAGCCUACACACACACGCCACCGAAUCAGAGGAACACCAACGACGCUUCCCUAAGCGCGAUCCUUGCAUCGCACUUGAACGACGACAACAACCACCGUCCCCAGUCAAUGGAUGGUAGACAGCCAGAGUACCCGCAGUCAGAUCAAGCGUCUGCUGUGCAAUACCAGGCCGGCCAAGACUACAAGCCCUCCAACUUCUCGUCCUCUGCCACCCCAGACUCAAACUACGGCUUGCCUCAGUCGGCGCGUUCAGGAAGCUUUCCAGAGUACAUCCAGCAGCGCUCUUACCCAGACGGUCGCCAGACGCAGUACCCUGCUGGCGCGCAGAAUCCCUCCAUUGCCCAGUCGAGUCCAAGCUACCCACCACCCCACAACUACUCGCCUUACCCGCCGCAACACGACGUUCCUCCCCAAUACCCCGGCCAGCCGAUGACCUCGUACGGUCGCCCAGAAUGGGCAGGACAGUAUCAGCAACCCAUGGGCUACGGUCACUCCCCAGCGACGACUGGCGGUGCCGCUCCUAACAUGAUGGCGCACGCCAUUCCAAGACCUCCCGCGGGAGGCCAUCCACUGUCAACAGUGUAUUCUUUUGUGCCAAUUCCAGGUGCUCAACAGCACAAGCGUCCUAGGCGACGGUAUGAGGAGAUUGAGCGCAUGUACAAGUGCGGCUGGAAUGGCUGCGAAAAGGCGUACGGCACGCUCAAUCAUUUGAACGCGCACGUGACGAUGCAGUCGCACGGCACAAAGCGAACUCCAGAAGAGUUCAAAGAAAUCCGCAAAGAAUGGAAGGCCAAGAAGAAGGAGGAAGAGAACCAGCGCAAGGCCGAAGAAGAACGCCAGCGCCAAGAAGCUGCUAGAAGCGGUCAGGACACUUCCCAGACUUCAGGCCAGCCUGGACAAUACGGGCAGCCACAUAUGAUGCAGCCACAGAUGGGUGGUCCUCAGCUCCCGCCCAUUGGAUACCAGCCCGCCGGCGGUCAGGCGCCUGGCCAGUAUGCGCAACCACAGCAAGUCGACGGAGCGCAGCAAUACGGCGGAAGCGGCCAGUUAUACGGUGCACAAGGCUACCCUCAAAGCCCAUAUGGUCAAGGUGGCCUUCCAUACCAGCAGCGUGUGUAA